UGAUGGGGAGGGCGAGGCCACGCCGCUCAGUCUGCUGGCAGAGCUGCUGUGGAGGACAGAGCACAAACAGACUGGAUUCAGCCUCCACGUCCAGAUGGACUCGUCCCACUGCUGGAUUUACCUCUGGACUGUCUUCUUGCUGGUCUCCGGCGGGCCUGAAGAACGCUACACCGUCCACUUGGAGCCGGCCAGCUUCGACAGGGCUCUGCAGAAAUGUUCCCCAGGCGUCCUGACCACACUGAGCACGGCGCAGGAGGCCGCCGACAUCCUGCAGCUGGUCUCAGGCGUUCUGCCCAACUACUAUAACAACUUCACCUUCUGGGUGGGGCUGAGGAAGUCCAAGAAUGAGUGCGUGGUCCCAGAACGUCCUCUGAAGGGCUUCAAGUGGACGACGAACGGCAGCCAGGAGUCAGAGGUGGACCGUUGGAGGAUGGAGCCGGAGGCCACAUGCACUGCGCUGCGCUGCGCGGUGCUGUCGGGAGAGUUUGAUGGGUCGACUGUGACCAGCUGGGGUUUCAUCUCCGGAACCUGCAAGGUCAGCUACCCUUUCAUCUGCAAGAGAGACAGACAGGCAGGAGAGGGAGACAGCAGGCCACUGCCGCCCGAACCAGAACCAAAACCAAAACCAAAACCUGAACCUGAAGCUAAACCUACACGUGAAUCUACACCAGAACCAGAUCCUGAACUUGAACCUACGCCUGAAUCCAAAUCUGAACCAAAGCCUGAACCGGGACCAAAGCCAGAACCUGAGCCACAUCCCAGGCCCAGACCGGACACCGGUUCUGACCCCUGCCACAUGCCCCACAUCAAGGAAGUGCGCUCAUUCACCUGCACAUCGUUGCUCGGCGGCAACAAUGUGCAGGUGGACUGCUGGUCAGGGGUCCGGCUGCAGCUCUUCUGCUCCGGCAGCCCGGUCGCGUGUCAUCUGAACGGCUCUGCUGUCGACCUCAACGACGUCUGCCUGCCCUGCCAGGACGGUUACCAGCGCGACGCCGCCUGGAGAUGUGUGGAUGUGGACGAGUGUGGCAACAGCCCCUGCAGGCACAGCUGUGUGAACACGCCGGGCUCGUACCUCUGCGUCUGCUACGACCGUGACGGGAAUAACCACAGCGAGAGCUCCGCUGUCUGCAUCGAGUCCCUCCCUCCCUCGCCGUCGCCUGGCCCGGGUGAAGGUGAGGACAGAAGCACAUCCAGAAUCCUGAUCCCGGGGCUGGUGGCGGUGCUGGUGCUGGUGCUGCUGCUGGUGCUGCUGGGCGUGGUGGUGAAGUGCUGCCUGAUGAGGCGCUCCAAGAAACGGGCCAUGAAGAAGGCGGAGAAGUUAGCCAUGGAGAGCAAGGACGGCGGCAGGGACUCCUUAGAAACCACCAAUGAGAAGAAGGCCACAUGAAGAAACAACGUGUGAUUGGUGGACGCUGUGUGAUGUCACUGCUGGUAAAGAAACACGUACAGUUUGUCAGGCUUGAACCCCGGUGGUGCUUUGUCACCGGGGUCAGAAUUUGAUCAUGAUCUUGCUCUGAUUGGUCAGAUCCAGCCUAGUGGGCGGAGCCCUCAGCGUCAGAGGUCUGACGCUGAGAGCAGCCUCGGGCGUCCAGGUGUGAUGUUCAGGGACGAGGACCAUGGUCAAGAAGUGUUGUUAUGAAUCCCACCAGAGUUCUGGGCAGGACACGCACUCAGGUUCGUCAACCCAGAAUGCAUUGCUCUCAAAUGUCUGUCAAGAAUCUGAAGAUUUGAUGUCAAGUAAUUUCAAAAGCAUAAGCUCUUACAGUUUGGGUCAUGACGGGAUCAUUUCUAAUUUCUGUUCUUUUGAGAACUGAGUGGCGUUCAUGGUUCUGUCUGUUUGGGUUGUGAUUGGAUGACACACCCACUGGGUUAUGGUCAGGGUUUUGAUUGGCUGAGGGCUAAAAUCAAGACUGUUUUAUCAAAUUAGUUUGAACAACAUAUUUGACAAAUGUCUUGUAAAAAAAAAUCUCAUGUAACUUAAUUCAUGUGCUCAUGAUCCUUUUCCCUUAUUUCCCUUCUAUUAUAAUAAUUAUAAUUGAGUAUGUUGUGUUUUUAUUGUAGUGUAGUGUAGUAUGGUGUAUUUUUUAUUGUAGUGUAGUGUAGUAUGGUGUAAAUUUUAGUGUAGUGUCGUGUAGUAUGGUGUAUUUUUUUUAGUGUAGUGUCGUGGAUUUUUUUAGUGUAGUGUAGAGUAGUAUGGUGUAUUUUUUAGUGUUGUGUUGUGUAGUAUGGUGGAU